AUGAGUGAAAGGUACAUGGUAAAAAUGCGAAUCUACUAUCUAUUCCCGAUUUUUUCCUUUCUCCUCCACUUCAAUAUGGCGGUCGCUUGCAAGCCUUUCCAUUCAAAAUUAUUGUGCCAGGACAUGAUUGGAGGAUGCGCCGAGGUUCAGGCGCAAGGAUUUUGUGAAGCUGUAGCCAAGACUGGUGUUGGUCUUUACUGGCCUCUUUACUGGUUUUGGCGUUAUCGCCUUCGUCAGAGCCUCGAAGAACAAGACAUCGGUUAUCGUACCAGUGUCAUAGAAUUUGAAAAACUGAUGUUCACAUUGUGGCGGGCGAACACAAUUACGCUAGCCAUUGUCAGACGGGAGACGUGGCAUGCGAAGUCGGUAAGAGGUCCCGCUGUGACUGCGCGAAUUUGCAUCGCCUUCUUGAAUAAUGCUGUUUGGGCUCAAUUUGAUCUUGCAUUUGAUCUACUGUCCAAAGAAGAUGUCCUUGUACCGCAAACUCAAUAA